GAAAUAUUACACAACCAAAUUCCGGUCCAUUGACAUCGAAUCCUAAUAUUUAUAUAAUGGAUAUUAGAAAUUAUACUUGGAUUAAUUCAUUUGAAACAACAAGUGUAAAAGAAAAAGCAAAUUCUGACCCAUCAACAACACAAUCACCGACAACUACUUCCAUAAUUGUUUUUUCAAAUAAUUCUAAUAAUGAAUUGGUUACAAUGAAAAUUAUAAUCGCAUCAAUUGGAGGAACUGUGGGCGCCGUUAUAAUUAUGGUAUUUGGAUUUUUAUUAUAUAGAUGGAAUAGAAAUAGGAAUGAACAAUCUCCUAAAUACAUUAAUCAGGAACAUAACUUACCUGGAAGUAUUGUUGCUUAUUAG